AUGAAGUUAGACGUCAAGAAACAAUUCAGUUCCAGGACUGAUAGAGUCAAAGGAAUCGAUUUCCAUCCAACUGAACCAUGGGUAUUGACUACUCUUUAUUCUGGUCGUGUUGAAAUAUGGUCAUAUGAAACUGGUACUAAAAUAAAAUCCAUUGAUGUUGCUGAAGUUCCAGUUCGUUCUGGUCGUUUCAUUGCUCGUAAGAAUUGGAUCGUUGUUGGAUCUGAUGAUUUCCAAGUUAGAAUCUAUAAUUACAACACUGGUGAAAAAGUCGCCCAAUUUGAAGCACAUCCUGAUUAUAUUCGUUCGAUCGCUGUUCAUCCAACUCGUCCUUAUGUCCUAACAUCUUCAGAUGAUAUGACCAUUAAAUUAUGGAAUUGGGAUAACAAUUGGAAAUUGGAACAAACUUUUGAAGGUCAUAAUCAUUAUGUUAUGUCAUUAGCUUUCAAUCCAAAAGAUCCAAAUACUUUUGCAUCUGCUUGUUUAGACCAUACUGUUAAAAUCUGGUCAUUAGGUAACAAUGUUCCAAAUUUCACUUUGAAUGCCCAUGAACAAAAAGGUGUCAAUUAUGUCAGUUAUUACCCACAAUCAGAUAAACCAUAUUUAAUCACUUCUUCAGAUGAUAGAACUAUUAAAAUCUGGGAUUAUCAAACAAAAUCCGCAGUUGCCACUUUAGAAGGUCAUUCUUCAAACGUUUCAUUUGCAAUUUUCCAUCAAGAACUACCGAUCAUCAUUUCAGGUUCAGAAGAUGCCACAAUUAAAAUUUGGAAUUCAAACACUUAUAAAUUGGAGAAAACUUUGAAUUACGGCCUCGAUAGAGCUUGGUGUAUAUCUUCUCAUAAAAAUUCAAACUCUUUAGCUAUUGGGUUUGAUGCAGGUUUUGCCGUUUUACAAUUAGGUAAUGAUGAACCACGUUUAUCAAUGGAUCCAGUGGGUAAAUUAAUCUGGGCUAAAAAUAAUGAAGUUUAUAGCUCUGUUAUCAAAGGAAAUGAACAAGUUGAAGAUGGUGAAACUUUACCAUUAUCAUCAAAAGAUUUAGGUUCUGUGGAAAUUUUCCCAACUUCUUUAAAACAUUCACCAAAUGGUCGUUUUGUUACUGUUACUGGUGAUGGUGAAUACAUCAUUUAUACAGCUUUAGCUUGGAGAAAUAAAGAAUAUGGUUCUGCUUUAGAUUUCGUUUGGGCUCAAGAUCCAAAUAUCUUUGCCAUUAGAGAUGCACAAAAUCAAAUAAUUAUUCAUAAAAAUUUUAAACCAAAACCAAAUGGUGAAAUUGAUUUCCCAUAUAAUGUUGAAAAAUUAUAUGGUGGUUCAUUAUUAGGUGUUAAAUCUGAUGAAUUUGUUGCAUUCUAUGAUUGGGAAUCAAGUGAAUUAGUUAGAAGAAUUGAUGUUGAUGCAACUGAUAUAGUUUGGUCAGAAUCUGGUGAAUUGGUUUUGAUUGUUUCAUCAGAUGCAUCAUAUGCUUUGAAAUUUGAUAAAGAUAUCUUUGUGGAAGCUUUAGAAGCUGGUAACAUUGAUCCAGAAGAUGGUGUUGAAGAUAGUUUUGAAGUUUUAUAUGAUGUUAAUGAUUCAGUCACAUCAGGUAAAUGGGUUGGUGAUGUUUUCAUCUUCACAACAAGCACAAACAGAUUAAACUAUUUAGUUGGUGGUAAAACUUAUAACAUUGCACAUUUUGAUAACACUGCUUAUUUAUUAGGUUAUUUGGCUCGUGAUAAUAAAGUUUAUGUUGCUGAUAAAGAUAUCAAUGUUUCAAGUUAUCAUUUAUCAUUAGCUGUCUUGGAAUAUCAAACUUUAGUAUUGAGAGGUGAAUUAGAACAAGCUAAUCAAGAUUUAUUACCAAGUAUUGAAAAAAAUGAUUUAUUGAAAAUUUCAAGAUUUUUAGAAGCUCAAGAAUAUUUAGAAGAAGCUUUACAAAUUUCACCAGAUUCUGAACAAAAAUUUGAAAUUGCCUUGAAGAUUAAAGAUUUUACCACUGCGAGAACAAUUGCCUCUGAGGAAAACACUGAACAUAAAUGGAAAUCAUUAGGUGAUUUAGCAUUAUCAUCUUUCAAAUAUAAAUUAGCUAUUGAAUCCUUCCAAAAAGCAAAUGAUAUUGAAAGUUUAUUAUUAUUAUACACUUCAUUCAAUGAUAAGAAACAUUUGAGUGAAUUGGCUGAACAGGCUAAAGCCAAAGGUAAAUACAAUGUUGCCUUUAAUGCUUAUUACACAAUAGGUGAUAUUCCAAAAGCUAUUGAAUUGUUGAACAUAAGUAAAAGAUACACUGAAGCAUCAUUUUUAGGAUUAACUUAUGGUGCUGAUGUUUCCAAGUCUGUUGAAAACUGGAAAGCUGAUUUAGUUAAACUUGGUAAAGGUUCGAUUGCUGAAAGAAUAUCCAUACCAGAAUCUCCAUCAAAACCAUCACAACAAGAAGAUUUGGUUGAUUUGAAUGAUGAUGAUGAUGAGACUCCACAAGAAGAAGCAGAAGUUGACGAAGAAGUCGAAGUUGAAGAACCUGUUGCAGUUGAAUUGGAGAAACCUUUAGAGCCUGAACCAACUAGAGAAGAAGAGGAAGAGGAGGACUUUGAAGAUGCUGCAUCUGAAUAGAUGUCCCCAUUUCAAUUGAAUUCUAAAAAAAACACUGUCAUAUGAUUUAGAUAAUCAUUUUAUAUUAUUAUUUUUUGUAAUUUUGAAAUUUGUUUGAAAAAGAAGUAUUUGUUUUGAGUACAAAGUCUGUAAAAUUAAGUAUAUUUACAUGGGGAUCAUCAAUUCAUUAACUAAAUACAUCAACUUUAUCAACAUUCUUUCUUUUGUUGAGACACACGAAAUAAUAUUCUUUUGAUUCAGGUCUACUUGCAACUGGUUUAUCUCUAUGAACUUUUUCGAAAACUUUCUUUAAUCUGUUUUCUAAACUUUUAUCUUCUGAACCUGAAAAGAAUUUACAAACAAAAGAGCCUCUUGGCUUUAACAAAUCGAUAGCAAGAAUCAAAGCAGCAUCGCAAAGGUU